AUGCUUCCCUCACCAACAGCUGGUUUGUCUAACAACCACCACCUUCAACUAUACAACGGAAAAGAAGAAUAUUAUGUAGACGACGGACAAAGUAUUGACAAAACAUCUCCACGUCGACGUCGUUCCACGUCAAAACGUCUUUCAAAAAUUCCAACAUCAACUACGACUUUAAAUAAUGGAGCUGGUUCUUGCAGUAUUUUACCAUUAAUUAAGGGAAUAAAAGUUGUCGAUAAAAGCAAUAAUAUUAAAAGAAGACAAAGCCAAGAUAGAGCUAAAUCUUCUAAUGGCCUAGAAACAACAGGUCUUAAGCCAAUAAUUUCCACAGCAGAAAGGCGAAGUAGUUCAUUUGCUGCUUUACCAGUUAUCGAAAAUUGUGUAAAACAAAAAUUAAUUGAAAAACCACAAAAAGAAAUUUCAAAACGUGAAAAAAGUGUAGAAAAUAUACGAGGGAAAGUUGGAGGAGGAAAUACAAAAUUGGAUGAAGUAACAACUGUAAGAGUUCGUCGACGUAUAAUUAUUAGCGAUUCACAACAGAAAAAAUCUGCUUUCAAUAAAAACAUUUCAUUAGACUCCUCUUCAAGUGGGCCGGCAGGUGUUUCUCACCCGAAACCUCCCAUCAAAAGAAAGCCAAAUAAAAAGGUCAAAAAAUUAAUUGGAGAAUCUGUGGGAACACAAACAGAAAAUGAGGUUUGUAUAUCAACGGACGAGACUUCGCAAACAACAGAAACUGAAACAAUAAAACAAGAACAAAAGAAGGAAAUAGACACACAAAUGCCCCAAACAAGUAAAACAACAAUUGUUGUUCCAAGAGCAACACAAACAGAUCAAAAUUCCUUAUUUAAUCAAGUGACCGGUGGAGGGACUACAAGCAAUCGAUCGAGUAUGGAACAACGUAUUCAACUUCUUGCCAUAAUUGAACAUGCAUUAGAUGAAACUAUUGAUAAAGAAUCAAGACUUAGAACUAAUGAAUUUAUCGCCUCGACUGCCCGAAAACAAGCUCAAAUUUGGAGAGAUGCAAAACAAUUCGUUGCUUUAAACCUUCUCCCUCAAAGUAUUGAAUUAGCAAAUCAUACACGACAAUUAAGCCGCGAGAGUUCUCUUCGCUCCUACGAACGAGCACUCAGAAAUAUCCAUUUACCCUAA